CGAGGCCUUGUGGGACCAUCAGGUCACAGGUCUCUCGUAUUUACGAGUGAUUUGAUGCUCAAUAUUAUGGUGGCUGCUCUCUGGCUAUUUAUUGAUGGGACUUUUGCUAGUCGGCCUGACACGCCCCCAUCUCGUCAGCUGCUCGUGAUCUCAGCUUUGUAUCAGGGAAUGUUGUUCCCAGUGUGCUAUGCGCUCAUGGAAUCGAAGUCGGAGGUUGCAUAUCGUGCAUUGUUCGCAUUUGUGAAAGAUUUGGCGCCAUCCCUUGCACCGGAGAACAUUGUUACUGACUAUGAGGCUGCAUUCGUACCAGUGAUCAGAGACGUUUUCCCUUCUACUAUCCACCAGGGGUGCUGGUUCCAUUUCUGUCAGGCAUUACAUCGCCACUUGGGUUUCCUCGGGCUCAUCACUUUUGUGAAGCGCAACUUUAAUGCAUUGACAGUGAUCCGAAUGUGCUAUGUUCUUCCUCUUCUUCCUUCGAACAAAAUGAUCUUCGGUCUCAAUGCUAUUGAGUAUGUAGCUCAUAUGAACGGCAUUCUGGGAGAGCUGCAGCCGUUCCUGGAUUAUGUGCGUGAAACUUGGAUGGUCAGAAUCGGCACUGACCUUGUCAGUGUACACCGUUCCAAGCACAGAACGAACAACUUCUCUGAAUCAAGUCACAAGGCACUUCAGGAUCGGAUUGGAACAAUUCGCCCCGGAGUGUGGGACUUUGUCAAGGCCAUCAACUUCGAGCUGAUUCAGGCUCACUUGGAUGUGAUCCGUGUCCAGGGUGCCAAGCCAACUCGUAGAAACCGCCGCGCUCGGUGGAUUCGGCAGGAUGCCAAGAUCAACAAAUGGCUGAAUCAAUUGGACAAGGGUGAGAAGACUGUUCUGGAGUUUCUUGUUUCGGCACAAAACAUCGCCCGAAAACUGCAAGGCGUGCAGUUACACUUGGAAACUCAAGUCAGUGUGGAACCUACCGAUUACCCUGUUCAACUUCAAGCUGUUGAUGAUCCAGAAGAUACGGUUGAUGAUCCGUCAAGUGUGUCAAGUCAGGAUAGCCAGGAGACCCAGGGCAGUGACGAUACCCAGGACGGACAGGAUACCCAGGCUAACGACCCGGGUGGAAGGAUCUGCAGUUAA